UCUCGGAAGCUACAACAACAGGUCGCCUUUCUGAGACUCCUUUGGCGGGAAGGGCCACUUGGGAAGGGAAGGUUUGAAAGACCUAAAGGGGAAGGUGGAGGGGUUCUCUAAAUCAUCAAAAGAAUACCACUGAGUGACUGCCCUUCGUUUUCUCUAUCCUACACGACGCUGCUGACCCUACAUUAUCCAGACUGUGUCAGGGGAGAACUCAGACACCUGUUUGAAGAAAUUGCUGCAUCUAGAGUCACCUGUGUACUUAUCUGUGCCAGGAGUGGCCUGGUUCAACUGCUGGAAGAGGUUUGGUUAGGUUCUGCUGGGCGUGAUUGUUAGGACAUUGUAUUUUCUUCUUCUUCCUGCUACAAAUUCCUGUGUUGGAGGGAAACUUGCCCUUCUGCGAACUGUGACUUCACCAGGAGCCCUACGCUGGCAUACGAGUGAUCCUUCCGGACCUCAUUUCUCAGUGGUAUUUUGUUUGACGGGAGGAAGUGAGUGAUUGUGGCUACUUUGCCCCGUCCUAGAGGCCUGACUGCCCUUCUUGCCUGCACGUCAAGGAACCAUGGCGGCGGGUGUAGCAGCCUGGCUGCCCUUUGCCAGGGCAGCAGCCAUUGGGUGGAUGCCUGUGGCCUCGGGGCCCAUGCCAGCUCCCCCACGGCAGGAGAGAAAAAGGACUCAAGAUGCUCUGAUUGUGCUCAAUGUGAGUGGCACCCGCUUCCAGACAUGGCAGGACACCCUGGAACGCUAUCCAGACACUCUGCUGGGCAGUUCUGAGAGGGACUUUUUCUACCAUCCGGAGACUCAGCAGUAUUUUUUUGACCGUGACCCAGACAUCUUCCGCCAUAUUUUGAAUUUCUACCGCACCGGGAAGCUCCACUACCCUCGCCAUGAGUGCAUCUCUGCUUACGAUGAAGAACUGGCCUUCUUUGGCCUCAUCCCAGAGAUUAUUGGCGACUGCUGUUACGAGGAGUACAAGGACCGCAGGCGGGAGAACGCGGAGCGUCUGCAGGACGACGCAGAUACUGACAACACCGGAGAGAGCACGCUGCCCACUAUGACUGCUCGGCAGAGGGUCUGGCGGGCCUUUGAGAACCCCCACACCAGCACAAUGGCCCUGGUGUUCUACUAUGUUACAGGGUUCUUCAUUGCUGUCUCAGUCAUCGCGAAUGUGGUAGAAACAGUGCCGUGCGGGUCCAGCCCCGGGCACAUUAAGGAGCUGCCUUGUGGGGAGCGGUAUGCAGUGGCCUUCUUCUGCCUGGACACAGCCUGCGUCAUGAUCUUCACAGUUGAGUACUUGCUUCGCCUGGCUGCAGCACCUAGUCGUUACCGUUUUGUGCGUAGUGUCAUGAGUAUCAUCGAUGUGGUGGCCAUCCUGCCUUAUUACAUCGGGCUGGUGAUGACAGACAAUGAGGAUGUCAGCGGAGCCUUUGUCACGCUCCGAGUCUUCCGGGUCUUCCGGAUCUUUAAGUUUUCCCGCCACUCUCAAGGCCUGCGCAUCCUGGGGUACACCCUGAAGAGCUGUGCCUCAGAAUUGGGCUUCUUGCUCUUCUCGCUCACCAUGGCUAUCAUCAUUUUUGCUACAGUCAUGUUCUACGCAGAGAAGGGGUCUUCAGCCAGCAAGUUCACCAGCAUCCCUGCUGCCUUCUGGUACACCAUCGUCACCAUGACUACACUAGGGUAG